UAAUUAAAGUAUUUAUUCUAGUAGGCCUACCAUGUAACCAUGUAGGCAUACCAAGUAAAAUGUUGAGGCCCACUUUACUCAAGUUUUUCCAUUUUAUGCAACGGUUAAAUUAUACUGCAAUUAAUUUCAGAGAGAAAUAUAUGUUUUACUGCACUACAGUUUUUUUUCCAUAAUAAUUUAUUAGAAAUAACCCUCAACCAUUGCCGAUGCAAAAAGGAUAACAAAAGGACAACAUUCAAUUUAAAAAAAAGAAGAAAAAAGAGGAUAAACAAAUCAAACUAAAAUAAAUAAUAAUAAAUAAAAAACACAUUGACAGUAGUAUUUACUCUAGUAGGCCUACCAUAGCUAAGUAACAUGUUGAGGCCUACGUUACUCAAGUGUUCCCAUUUUAUGCAACUGUUACUUAUGUUACUAAUACUCCGUCGUAUUGAACAGAUAAAAAUGUGUGAAUGAAUUGCGAUUAACUAUUUUAGUGUAUUGACAGCCCUAGUUGUUAGUUAUGUAGACCUCGGUUACAGGUAGUUUAAUGAUGUGUCCGUGUGUCUCCGUGCAGGUGGGGCUGCAGGUGAGUGAUGGAGCUGAAGGUGUGGGUGGAGGGCGUGGUCAGAGUGGUGUGUGGCCUAUCACUGAACACUUCCUGCCAGGAUGUCGUCAUAGCUCUCGCACAAUCAAUUGGUCAGACGGGUCGGUACGUUCUCAUCUUGAAGCUACGAGGGACGGAGAGACAGCUCGUAGCUGAUGACCGUCCUCUUGAGCAUCUGGCUCAGCUGGGACAGCUGGCUGCAGACGUCCAGUUCAUCCUGCGGAGGACCGGUCCCAGCCUCAGCGAUGGUCAGGUCACGCCCGCUAGAGACGGACGUUUUCCCCCGCCCGGACCACCAGAACCGGAGCCCCUCAAACGCAGCGAGCCACACAAGGCUCUCACCUUCAGUCUGGGUCCCUCAACACAUCCCAAGAGGACUAAACCGAACCGGGCCUCCCCAGAACCCAGAGCUUCCCCCGUCUCUUUCCUGGAGCCUCUCGACCCUGUGAAGGCGAUCCGCUCCUCUUCCUCUUCCUCCUCCAAAGAGGAGGCGUUCAGGCAGAUUCUGCAGCAACAGAGGAGGCUACAGGACCUGGAGGUCCAGCUUCAAGCUCUGGAGACUGAGGUGUGGGAGCGGGAGAGGUCACCUGGUCCCAGUCUGGUUCCUGAGGGGGAACUGGAGGAACUGGAGCAGCGUCUGAGGCAGAACGAGGCAGAUCUGCUGCACAGAGAGCGGUGGGAGGAAGCGUUACAGACAGAGGUGGACAGAGAACACGAUAUGCACCGACGCCUGCAGCAGAUACAGUCAUCGAUAGAUGACGGCAGUUAUCAGAUGGAGGAGCUGCGAGCCCGUUCUGCACAUCUGGAGCAGGACAUCCGCCUCAAAGCCCACAGACGGAGCUCCGGGUCGGGCCAGCGGGAGGAGGAGGAGGCCCUGAGGCCUCUGAAACAGGAGCUCCUCCAUCGCCUGCAGCAGGCAGAACAUCUGGAUAAAACCCUGUCAGAGACACAGAGGGGUCUACAGACAGCGGAGGAGAAGCUGCAGGGCAGAUGGGAGAUGGUUGAGGAGCUGAAUAAGGAGCUGAGACAGUGUAAGCUGCAGCAGUUUAUCCAGCAGACUGGCAGUCCACACGCAGACCAGAUAAACCUGCCCGGCACUGAGGUUUACCUCAGCAACGCCGGCAUAAUGGAGUAGGAGCAACCGAGUCGCCGUACGUCAGCAGAUUACCAGGUGUACAACGAGUUCCUCUCCUUCAGUGAAACUAGUACCAUCCAUCCAUUAUCUGUCAGCUGACGUUGGGCGAAGACGGGGUACGCCCUGGACAGGACGCUGGGCAAUUUAGAGGCAACAAUGAACCUGACCUGCAUGUCUUUGGACUGUGGGAGAAAACCCACGCUGACAUGGGGAGAACAAGCCGGGUUUGAACCCUCUCGCUGUGAGGCGGCGGUGCCAACCACUGCAAAGUAGCACCACUGUGUUAAAAUACUAAAUUUCGUCCUGCUUUCUUGUUUUUAGUGGACCUGAGCUGCCCCCGUCCCUCUGGAACUCUGAAUACUCCCCAAACACAUCAGAGACGGCACCAACCUCUCCACACUUUUAACGUGUGAUUAAUGUUCUCAUUUAUGAUCAUUUGAACUGUCUAAAGUGUCUUUGAGUUUCAUGAAAAGCACGCAUUAUUACUAUUAGGGCCGUCAAAGUUAACACGAUAAUAACGCAAAUGUGUUUCAACGCCACUAAUUUCUGAGCAGUUUUAAAGCUAGAGUGAAGAGACUGGUAUCAUAUGAAACUACAAAAACCUAAGUCUGAAAGA